AUGAGUAUCCAUCCAGAUAGAUUUUACCUCGCGAACGAAACCGCGGCUUUUAGAAUAUUUGAAAUUGAUGGAAAAGAAACAAUAUUAGCGUCAGAAAAUGAGAACAUAAGUAUACAAUGUAAAUCUGAUUAUCCCAUGACUUACUGUGGGUUUGUUCAUCCAAGCGGAAAGCGAUUUUCGUUUGCAGAACGAGCUGUUAGUGAUGGAAAAUGUGUCCAAAAGAUUAAAGCAACAAAGGCAGACAGUGGAGAGUGGGGGUGUCAUAUUGGGAGAAAAUCUUAUCGACUGGAAACAAUAAAAAAGAUACACGUGCGAAUAGUAAAUGAAGUGGCGGCCAUUGAACCUCUCAUUAUAGCUAAAUUGGGGAAGUCUAUUACAAUCGCCUGUGCGACCACGAAGGGAUUGAUCCCGCUGAGCUAUUGUCGUUUUGAACCACCAAAUGGCCAAUCUUUUAAUAUAGAUUCAUCAGUAACCGCAGAGAAUUCCAUUUUGAAGAAAUAUUACUAUCCGUCAAACAGUAGCCUUGAUCGAGGAGACUGUGCUGUUACGAUCAGUAAAGUGAAGUAUGAAGAUAUGGGAGAUUGGACCUGUGGGGCUGGACUCGACGACGGCAAGGAAAUUUUCGACGUUAUCACACUUGAGGUCGAAGGUAUGAACGCGAUGUCAAGAGCAUCGACCGCUGGUAUAACAUUUGGGGGUAUAUUAAUAGCAGUUACACUUGGUUCUCUGGGGUAUAUAGUGUGGAAGAAGAGAAGAUUUUUAGGUCACAGAUCUGCGGCGCAAGAAGAGAUAGAAAUCGAGGAUAUGAGUCAACAGCGCUCAAGUAGUCCACAGCCAGGGCGAAGUGUGCCAAUGGUCGUCGUUCAGUCACCUUCUGAUCCUGGAGAGCCAGGAUCUUCACCACUUAUGACAAGGUCAUAAAGCUUUCAGUAGGAAGUACCAUAGUGAAGUGUAGAAUAUGGACGUAGAUAGGCAGGCAGGUGUGGUAAUAGUGUUUUUUUUAAGAGUGAGAUCCUGACGAUCCUUUUUUGUAUCUUUCAAUACUUCUUAACGCGCUUCUAUGAAGAUCUUGUUGUUAUCGUUAUAGUGGUUAAAGCAACGAGUGUUUUUAUCGUACCGAUGUGCAAAUACAGUUAUUAAAAAAAUAAAACUUUAAUGUUUCCUUCGACAAAUGUUCAAAACAUAGUUUCCUAAAUUUGAAAAAAAAAAACCAGAAAUUAGAAAAUAAGAAAAACCCACUUAACUGUG